AUGGAGGUGGAGUUGGGAGCACGACACCGGGGCAAACUCUAUGUGCUGACUGACAACGCCUGGGAGGAUAAGGGCACCGGCUUGGUAUCCGUCAUCGAGGGGAGGCUCAUCGUGCGCGAUGAGACAAGCGAGGCGUCUUUGUAUGACCGGUCGGUGUCAGCAAGUCGACUUCAGGGGGAGGGCGUCUCCAAAUCCAUCGUGGUGUGGGAAGAUCCCGAGCUUCAAGACUGUGCCCUCAGCUUCCAGGACCCCGACAGCGCCCAGCAGAUCUUUGCAGAACUCUGCCUGGGGCGGCGAGAAGGCACGGACGGGGGCAAGGUGAAACAGGACCGGCCAGAAGAGGAAGAGGAAGGCGAGGACCUUUUCGGGGACACCAUGCUGGACGACUACCGUGAGGACCCAGGCCUGGACACCUACGACCCUGAGCUCAUCGACGACGCCCCCCACGAGCCCCUGACCAUCCAAGCACGCCUGGCCGCGGAAAGGGAGCUGGCUGCCAGGGACCGCCAGGAGGGCCGGGUCCCGGCGCUGUCCCCAGACUCCCCGGCGCGCCCCGGGGCGCGGAAUGUGCCCAGCACCCCGGCCUUCCAAAAGAGAAUGGCGGAGCAGCUUCAAGCAAGUCCCAGCAGCGCCGCCGGCUCCAGCGAGUUUGACGACGCCACCAGCAGCAAGAAGAAGCGCCGGCGCGUGGACUUCACUGCGGAGGAUGAGGAGGACGAGGAGGUUCCGGAGGCGCACUACGAUCUGAACCACGAGCGCCUCUCCCAGGGCACGGACAUCGAGAAGCGGCAGGUAGAGAAGAUCAGGCUGUGCUUCCAGCAGUUCCUCAUGAAGUUUAUGGCCGAGGGCCAGGAUAUCCCCAAGUACCCGGACCUGUUGCGGAAGAUGGCGGAGGAGCAUCAGGCGCACCUGGAGGUUAGCUACAUGGACGUGCAAACCUGGAGCGGCCAGCUGGCCAUGUGGAUCUCCGACUUCCCCCAGCACAUCCUACCCAUUAUAAACGAGACCUUGAUGCUGGUGGCAGCGCAGCGCUUUAAGACCUACGCCAAGCUGGCGGAGGCAGGGGAGAACGAGCUCCGUGUGGCAGUCCACUCCUUCCCGGUGAAGGACCCCAUCCGGGACCUCUGCACCCGGCACAUCAACAAGCUGGUGGAUGUAACGGGUGUCGUCACCAAGCGCUCGACCGUGCACAACCAGGUGAAGCGGCUCUGGGUGCGCUGCGCGAAGUGCAACUUCCCCUCCGGGCCCUUCGACGUGGCGGAGGACAAGGAUCUCCGACCUUCCAGGUGUGUGGAAUGCCAGUCCCGGGGCCCCUGGCGAGUGGACCGGCAGAAGACGCUCUACCAGAACCACCAGACCAUCUCCUUGCAGGAGAGCCCCAGCUCCGUCGAUGCUGGCAAGAUGCCGCGCUCUCGCGAAGUGGUGUUGACCGGGGAUCUGGUGGACACGGUCCGACCAGGGGACGAGCUGAACCUCACGGGGAUCUACCGAUGCUUGCACGACGCCGCCACCAAUGCGAGAACCUGCUUCCCCGUGUACCGCACGGACAUCCAGGCGGUGCACAUCUCGCGAAAGGGCGACUUGAAGCUGAUCCAGAUCAGUGACGACCAGCAGCAGCAGAUCUUAGACCUGGCAAAGCAUCCACAGAUCCGGGAGCGGAUCAUUGGCUCCAUGGCCCCCUCCAUCUACGGCAUGUGGCACGUCAAGACGGCCAUCGCGCUGAGCAUCAUGAGCGGUCAGCCCAAGGUGGCCGCAGGCAAGCACCGCAUCCGCGGAGACAUCAACACCUUGAUCGUGGGGGACCCCGGGCUCGCCAAGAGCCAGUUCUUGAAGUACGUAGAGCAGACCUUCCCCCGUGCCGUGUAUACCACUGGCAAGGGUGCCAGUGCUGUUGGACUGACGGCUGCAGUGACUCGCGAUGAGAACGGCCACUUCUGCCUUGAGGGUGGGGCCAUGGUUCUCGCUGAUGAUGGCAUUUGCCUCAUUGAUGAGUUCGACAAGAUGAAUGACCAGGACCGCACCUCCUUGCACGAGGCCAUGGAGCAGCAGAGCAUCUCCAUCAGUAAGGCCGGCAUCGUGGCCACGCUGCAGGCGCGCUGCGCGGUGGUGGCGGUGGCCAACCCCCUCGAAGGGCGCUACGACCCCCAGAGGACCUUCUCGCAGAAUGUGAACUUGUCGGAUCCCAUCUUGAGCCGCUUCGACAUCAUGUGCGUGCUCCGCGAUGAGUCAGACCCAGUCCAGGACGAGAUGCUGGCGGAUCACGUGGUUUGCAGCCACAUCCGCUCGCAUGUGAAGGCCACGGCGGAGGAGAAGAGUUUGAAGCCCAAGAACCAGCAGAAGUCGUCGCACUUGCAGCCAAUCCCCCAGGACUUGCUCAAGAAGUACAUCGUGUAUGCCCGGCAGCGAGUCUUCCCCAAGAUGACGGACGUGGACUCCGAGAAGUUGGCCAGCUUCUACUCGGAGAUGCGGGCGGAGGCCUUCCGAACCGGGGGCGCCCCCAUGACGGCGAGGCACAUGGACUCCUUGGUGCGGCUGGCGGAGGCCAACGCGCGCCUGGAGCUGCGCCAGCACGUGAGCACCCGGGACAUCGACUGCGCCAUCGCCGUGAUGCUGGAGUCGUUCAUCCAGAGCCAGAAGCACCAGGUGGCGGAGGAGCUCCGAAAGAAGUUCCGCAGGUACUUGGCCCACGGGCCCAUGGCGGAGCAGUUUAUGGCGCUGAUGGAGAAGCUCUUCAAGGAGAAGGCCAUUGAAAUGCAGCUGAGCCGCCCGGGCAGGGACGUGGCUGCCGAAGAGGUCUUCAUUGAGAUGUCGGAGGUGCUGCGGGAGAUCGAGAACGCGGAUCUCAGCUUGCAGGACGCCACAAGCUUCAUGCAGACCCCCCGGUUCCUGCAGAACUUCCGCCUGGACGGCGGCUCGACAUGUUGUGCCAAGCGAGCGCUGCCGUGCCCUGAGGUGGAAAACCUUCCAGAGCUGGCUAAGAGCUUGGGCUUCGUGCCCCCGGGCUUCCGGGAGCAGAUCGCCAAGGAGUGCCUGGAGCCCCACUUCGUGGCCGCCCUGCGCCAGGCCUUUCACACAGCAGAAGACAGUGGCAAUGAGCAAGAUUUGGUGUUGCUCUGGCGCAUUGCCAAGGGAGUCUUCAUGCUGGCGAACCAGGCCCUGACGCAGCGGUACCUGAGGCACGACAUGUUCGAGGACACCAUGGGCAUGCUUGAGUACGACGAGGGUGUGUCGGCUGAGAAGCGGGUUUGCCACCGACAGAUCCUGAAGGUCGCCGUGCGAUUCAAGCAGGUCCUGGCAUUCCAAGACGCUGAGAUGUUGGAAAGAAUUCACUUGAACUACCGCUUGCAGUAUUUGAAGGAUCACGUGUUGGCGCGGGCCUUGGACGAUGCCGCCUUCGCGUCCUUGUCGCAGCUCGUGAUGAUGAACAACACCAUCCUUUUGAAUCACCUGCAGAAGAGUGAUGCCCUCGUGAGGCAGCUCUUCGAUGGUCUCAGGCAGAAGGACCUGCAAAGCUUGCUCUUCUUGCAGGAUGCCUGCCGCCUGGCCAAGACCAUGCCACCAGGUGAGCGCAAGUUGCUUUACGACAAGAUGGUGCAGCAUGGCCUGUUUUGCGUGCUGCUGCAGUUUUUGACCGAGGACAUGCCUGAAAGCAAAAGCUCUGAGGGCCCAGUUCCUCGACAUUUGGCAAUGGAGGUCUUGGUCCAGUCAACGCUGAGCGAUGCUGGACACCUGCGACGAUUCCUGCUGAAUGGCGAAGCCACAGCAGAAGGCCAAGACGGGUCUGAGCUUCUGGGGAACCUCAUUUGCUUGCUCUUGGCAGACCCCGACCACGGCGUUCAGAGCCAGGUCGCGGACAUCCUCCAGAUGGUCAUGGACGCGAGCCAAGUCGCUGCAAAGAGCCGUGCCACAUUUUUGGACGCCUUGUAUGGGAACGGCGUGCUGGACUUCAUUGCAAAGCCAUUGAUCGACAUUGCCAACAAAACAGAUGGGAAUCCCAAUUUGAGCCAAUCCGGCUGUUAUGCCAUGCAGGUGAUCUGCGAGUUGCUGGCCUUUGCCGUGGCGAAUCACGGCCGACGGCCAGAGGCUCUCAUGAAGAACAACAGCUUGGCCUACAAGGCCGUGGCCGUGGCGGCCGCCUCGCCCCACCGGUACCUGCAGCUUGCCCCGCUGCGCCUGGUGAAGGCCAUGGUGAAAGCGCAGGACCACAUGUAUCUUUUCCACAUGGUUGAGACCGGUGUAUUUGGCCUAAUUUUUGACAUGGUGGAGCAGAGCUUGCGCCCGCCGUGCCUCGGGGGUGGCUUGCUGGCCUCUGCUCUGGCAGAGUUGUUGGAGCUGAUCCGAUUGCAGAACGCCAAGCCGCUGGUCACCGAUCUUUGCACGAAAUACGAAGGUACCCUACGCUUACUGGCUCCAAAGGUGAAGGUAGCGGGGGCCUUGCUUGCCCGCCACGAGUGCAAUCUCCAGGAUGCCCGGCAAAAGGCCAAGGCGCCUCUCCGGCGUGCAAGCCAGUUCAUCGAUGCGACCGCAGAUGGAGAAGUCCAGGGCAUGUGCGUGCAGGCGGAGAAGGUACCGGAGGCAGGCGACGAGGUGAAGGACAGCAGCCCGCAGGACUUCUCCCAGAUCUUCGGCGCUGAAGUGGACAGCGACGACUCCAGUGACUCGGACAGCGAGGAGGAGGAGGAGGAAGAGCAGGCAGAAGAGGAGGAGGAAGAGGAUAGCAGUGAUGAUGAAGAAGCUGAUGCCGAGGUUGUCUCUGUCGCAACCGAGGCUACCGAAACAAGUGCUUCGACGGCACAGGCCGGUACAGCAGAGGAGGUAGUGCCAACUCCGACUCCAGCAAACGAGGCUGGCUGCCCGGAGGUGAUCACGGCCGACUUGGAAGAGGGCCAUUGCCCUGCCUGUGGCAGCGCGUACACGCCGCAAGCGCUCUUCUGCAGCCAGUGUGGCCGCAAGCGCGGCCAGGAGGCGAAGCCAGGCCCAAAGCCCAAGGCCUGCAGAGUGCGCAGGACUUUUAUUGCAGCUUCAACAGCAGCAAGAUUGGCAAGAGCGAAUCGUGGGGCUUCACCGCAGAAGCCCAAGGAGGAACUCAAGACUCAGCUCGGGCCUUUGAGUCACGCGCCAAAGAGAGCGCGCAUGGAGCCGGCGCCAACACCCGCGUGA